AUGUUGGAGGUGACUGCAAAUCUGCCAAGAGGUCCAGUAUUUCUGGCCGGGGAAACGCUCUGUUGUGAUGUCACAUUUACCAACACAUCUAAAGAAAACCAGUCAGGAUAUGAAAUCUUAGCUUGGGCAAGUGUGCAGAUAAUUUGCCAGUGUACUGUGUGUGAAUCUCGUGUUCAACUACCACGAGAAAAUAUCCUUUCUGCAGAAGAAGCUUCCAGCACAGGCUGCGACACAUCAUUUGUGCCUAACAAAGCGCAUGGAAAGCAUUUUCUCAAAAAUAUCAUUGAAGGUGAAAGAGGACUGACUGUUUUAUGUACAAAACCCACCAUUUUGUUUUGUGACCUCAAGCUUGCCCCUGGAAUGUCAAGGACUUAUCAGUAUGAAGAAGUGAUCCCAACAGAUGCCCCUCCCUCUUUUAGAGGUCAGGCUGUGAAAUAUUCAUACAAAGUCAUUGUUGGUACUCAGAGACUGGAGAAGGCAACCAAGAUGGUGAGAGUACCCUUUAGAGUACUCGUCUUGUAUGGCUUAAACGAUAUCAGUGUGUACAAUGAGACGGAAGAGAUUGCACCAAGUAACCCUUUUCUUCAUAAUUGUCGGAAGGAGACUUCAGUCUUAGAUGUUGCUUUGCAAGUUAUUUCCACUGUCACUGCCAGGAAAACUCCACAUUCCUAUAACAUUACCAAUGCUCGUGGACGAGUGGCCAAAUUCUUGUUGUUUAAGCAGGCCUACAAGCUGGGAGAAGACAUAGUAGGGAUGUUUGACUUCAGUGUGGGGACAGUUCCUUGUGUUCAGUACUCAGUAACUUUGCAGAGUGAAGAGCAAAUUUCUGAAGAGUGCAGACGCAAACCCAGCCAGGGGACUACAGUGACCUCGUAUGUGAAGCACCAGGAGAUGUGUCUUCACACUGUGAGGUCACAUGUCAACAUCCCAAUUCCCUUGACUGCAACACCAGGAUUUAUUACAGAUAUUGUUUGCCAGAGGUGGCGAUUGCACUUUGAGUUUGUGACAUCACUGACAGACAUCCCGGGACCAGAGUCGGCACUCUCAGAUACAGAAGAACGACUGUGGCAGGGUCCGUCAACAUUAAAUGUUGAGACUAUGGUGUGGGAUUUGAACAUCAAAGUAUUUCCUACUAACCCAAUUCACGCAUCAAGUGUAACACUCAUGAAAACAUCAGCGACCAUACAUUUGGGAGACUAA